AUACGAUUUAUGUGGAAAGAACUUAAUGCAUUGAUGAAAGAUACCGAUUUAUUCCGUCCUAAACAUGACAAACCGAACUGGAAAACUCGAGCUACAUGUAAUAUUGGUAGCAUGAAGGAUAUUUUACGGCAUCAGCAAAAUGAAUCGCAAACUCAUUUUCAUCUUUUUGAAAUGUUAUGUGAUGCGGAUGUUGAUACAUUGCUGUGUAAUGAUCCAUUAGUUAAUAGUAUAGUCGAUCUCGGUGCUUUGGUAAGGCAAGUACGUGCUAAUUUCAUUACAAAGAGGAACGAAAUCAAGCAACGUUAUAGGUUUAUGAUAUUGCCAUCUGAGAAAGUGACCCAUGCGCGUUGGGUUGAACAAGAAUAUGAAAGAGAGCGAGUAACAAAAAAUAUAACAGAUGAUCUUUUGCUAAAAAUAAAAUCGAAUAUCUUUCGUCGAGUUUCUGAUGGGUCAGAGAAUUCUCUUGUUGAAGCUAUUGCUCACUUAAUCGAGGCUUCUUUGUGCCAGUUACCACUCGAAUAUAACGUUGAUGUGGUUAGGGGUGAAAAACAGAGCAUUGCUAGCAAGAAUCAGAAGGUGUUAGAGGAAAGUGGCUCAAGAGGAGAUAAACCCGAUCUGAUGAUAAGAGCAUCUUUGAAACGGAAGCAGUAUGAGGUUGCUUAUGUGGAAAGUGGGAAAUGGGAUUCCAAUGAUAAAAAAAUUUGUGAUGAUCAUAACAAGCUUGCGAAACUUUGCUCGUAUGGAUAUAAAGAAAUUGUGAAAGAAAGGUUAAAAAAGGUUUAUAUCGCAUUUGGGGUUAAUAUUGCAGGCAAUAAAUUUAUACUUCAUGGGUUGGUGCAAGAAAAGGGUAUAAAAUACUAUUUGCCAAUUGCUAAGGCGAAAAUUCCCUUCUGCGAUGAGUCACUUGAAGAGGUAGAAGAAUUUGUUCAUACUUUGUUGAUUUUACGG